AUGCCGCCACGAAACUUCAUUCUCUACGACUGCGGACACAGGGAGUUCGAAAACCCUUCUCCACUCAAGAAGCUCAAGAGAGCGCUUAGCAUCAGAAAGGUUUUGAGCAACAAGGUCAAGGAGGCGAAGGACAUCCGAGCAGACGGAGUAUGCCCAGAAUGCGCAAAAGAUCCUGUCGGAUUGUUACUUGGCGACCAAGUAUUUCGUCGUAUAAACAACCCGUUGCAACCUGUCGGUCUUAGGGAAGAGUACUCCCCUUCACACUCCGACGAGACAGAAGCAGAAAGCCAGCAAGAGAGAUCUUCUAGCGAGGAAGAAUCGGCUCACGAAGAGGAGGUAGAGGCGAGAAAAGAUCACGGCGUCGUAGAAAGACCACCAACUCGUAUUCCUCGACGACCCGUGGGCGCUCCCCCUGCCCAAAGCCAUCGACGCCUCGCCCUCUUCUAUCCCGAAGAAGAUCCAUUCGCAGACGGAAAGGAUCCUCUCGCAGACGGGGAGCAUGCUUUCACAGACGGAUAUCGCGAAGUGGAGACAGGUCGCCGGGUAUCAGUGUAUAAGGAGGAGGGAGACGCUAAAGGAGUAUCGGAAGAUGAUGACUCGGCCCGCAAAAGUGACGAACAACGAAAGAAUGAGUCUGCUAUCACGGGAUUCUGA